CGUAUCGGAUCGGCAUUAUAGCUUAGAUGCCCAACCCUAACACAAACACAAACUUCGUUACACAUCAGCCCCCUUACAACGUACUGAUUCAGCAACAGCUGAUACCCAUCACACACUUUAUCCUGGUUUGAAUUUCCUGUUUCUACUUCUGCCUGCACCCAUUUCUGAUUGUUUGCCGCCUGCCCCGACACCUAGCCUGCCUCUUGUACUUUGACUGUUAGCCGCCUGGCCCGACAUUAGCCUGCCUGCCUAUUCUUAGUCUGUAUCUGCUGCUUCCUUCUAAUAAAACUGCAAAUGGAUCCUCAGUCUCCAGAGUCUUUGUCACAGAAGACUUCACCACAAAGUGAUCCAGCAGCGUUCAUGCAGAUCACAACAGAGCUCUCGGCCCAAGCCAACUAGCUCAUUAUUCGCCAGCAACAACUUACCUACCUGACAUCACUCACGGAGGAACUGGUCAAAGUUCUACAGGGAAUACGCCUUUCACCACCAGAGGCCGCUGCUCCACCAGUUAUGAACAUUGCUGCACCCCUGUCACCAUCAACUCUCACGGUAAGCCCCCGGCUAGCGUUUCCUGAAAAGUUUGAAGGUGACCCUGCCAAAUGCAAGGGGUUUUUGUUACAAUGCUCCAUGUUUGUCAACCAACAACCCACACUUUAUCCUAUGGAUGCCAGUCGUAUUUCAUUUGUUUGUACCCUCCUCACGGGGAAAGCAUUGGACUGGGCCACGGCUGUUUGGAAGGAGGAUGGGAUGGCGUUUCCCACUUUCUCUGCGUUUCUAAAAGACUUUUGUGCUGUGUUUGAACAUGAUGUUGGUGGAAAGAGCGCUGGUGACCAGCUCCUCACACCCACACAGGGACAGAAAACUGCCACGGAAUAUGAUUAGCAUUCCAUACUCUUGCGGCUCAAACGAACUGGAUCGAAGACACUUUAAAACUCCUCUUCAGGAAAGGGUUAAAUCCGGAGCUGCAAUCCGAGCUAGCAUGCCGCGAUGAGGGCAAGUUAUUCUCUAAAUUUAUUAAACUAACCAUCGAACUGGACAAUGUAAUUCGAGCAUGACGCCCUACACGGUCAAUGCACUACCCGUCUGUUGUCAACACCACUCAAGGAGACUUGAUGCAGCUCGGAGUGACGCACUUGACAUCUGAGGAGAGAAAUCUGUGUAUGUAAUGUGGACAAGCCGGUCAUUUAAAGAUGUUAUGCCCUACUCGUCCAAUGACACAAUCAGUCAGUGAGUUUGAUUUUAAAAAUAGUCCAGCAUCUAAUGUGCAGAUACCAGUAAAAUUGGCUGUUCAGGGCCUAACUAUGCUUACGAUGGCACUUUUGGAUUCGGGAGCUGCUGGCAACUUUAUGUCUGAAAAAAUUGCACGGCAGAAUAAGCUUACACUGAUUCCCUAUACCUCUUAUUUAACAGUGGAGGCACUCAAUGGCCAACCCAUAGGAGGAGGGAGGAUAACUUUUACCACCGACGAGCUCACCAUGCAAACGGGGGCUCUACAUUAAAAAAAAAAACCAUAAAAUUCUAUGUGCUUAACUCAUCAAAUUAUACCAUUAUUCUGGGCUUCCCAUGGCUGUCCAAACACAAGCCUGUAAUUUCCUGAAAGUUCUGGAGUGCCAGAUCCCCCAGUGGGAUUCUAGUUGUCAUGCACACUGUCUCAUGCCAGUAAAAACCCAGUCUGUGUGCUCCAAUAACAUGAAUAGUGAUGAAAUAUUCGAUUCCUAAUGAAUACUCUGACCUGAUUAAAGGUUUUAGCAAACCAAAGGCCCAUCAGCUACCCCUCAUCAGCCUACAGACUGCGCUAUCGACUUACUAGCUGAUACUACUCCCCCAGAGGCCGAAUCUUUCCAUUUUCACGCCCAGAAUCUGAAGUCAUGCAAAAAUACAUUGACUAGGAGUUAGCCAAAGGUUUCAUUAGGCCAUCAACCUCACCCGCAGCAGCUGGCUUCUUCUUUGUAAAAAAAAAAAAAAGAUGAAGAACUGAGACCAUGUAUUGAUUACCGUGGCUUAAAUGAUAUUACAGUGAAAUUCUGAUAUCCAUUACCCUUGGUUCCUAUUGCCCUAGAACAGCUGCGCAGAGCUAAAUAUUUCACCAAAUUAGACCUACACACCUUCUUGGUGUACUUCAUCAGCCAGGAGGGAGUGGCUAUGGAUGAACAGAAAGUCAGGGCAGUGGUAGAGUGGCCCCUUCCUAGGUCAAUCAAAUAACUAAAGUGAUUUUUGGUCUUUGCAAAUUUUUAUUGACGAUUCAUUUGAGGAUUUAGUAGCAUCACUGCGCCACUCACUUCCAUGACAAGAAAUUCAAAAGCAACCCUUAUAUGGUAAACCGAAGCAGAGUAGGCUUUUCAGAAUCUAAAAACUAGGUUCACCACAGCGCCCAUACUUCAUCACCCUGAUCCUGACAGACCCUUCAUUGUAGAGGUGGAUGCUUCUAACACGGGCAUCAGAGUGAUACUGUCUUAACGUCAAGGUACACCCCCCAACAUGUUCCCAUGUGCAUAUUAUUUUAAGAAACUUACCCCAACUGAACAAAACUAUGAUGUCGGAAAGCAGGAACUCUCGGUCAAGGCAGCAUUAGAGGAGUGGAGACAUUGGUUGGAGGGGGCUAACUUCCCUUUUACUGUUUUCACCGACCACAAGAAUUUAGAAUAUCUCAAAUCCGCUAAAUAAUUGAACCCCAGGCAGGCGAGAUGGGCUGUGUUUUUCACUCGCUUCCAGUUUACAGUAACCUACAGACCAGGUACCAAGAAUACCAAAGCCGAUGCCCUGUCACACCAAAAUCACCACCUAAGUAGCUUUCAGUCUGAGGCAACAGUUAUUCCCAUCAACCUCCUGAUUGCACCUGUACAGUGGAAUAUAAUUACUCUGAUCCAACAAACCAAUCAAAUUACCCACCUACAAAAUUCUCAGGGACACACCGCUAUCUUCACCAUCAUCGGCUGUUUCUCGAAAUCCUGUCGACUUGUACCCUUGACCAAACUCCCCACUGCCUUUUAAACCACAGAACUCCUGUUUAAUAAUGUGUUUCGGUUUCACGGACUUCCUGAAAACAUAAUGUCUGAUCGGGCACCCCAAUUUACCUCCAGAGUAUGGGCAGAGUUUUUUAAACAAUUGAACAUCAACAUCAGCUUGACUUCAGGCUAUCACCCAGAAUCUAAUGGACAGACAGAAAUUUAAAUCAGGAGAUCAUCCAGUUCCUUAGAAUUUACUGUCAUCAGAAUAAGGCAGACUGGAGCAGAUUUUUGAUGUGGGCAGAAUAUGCCCAAAACUCUCUGCAAAAACCCUCUACUGGAUUAACCCCCUUUAAACGCACGCUGGGGUACCAGCCACCACUAUUUCCCUGGUCAGGUGAACCAUCUAAUCUUCCUUUGGUUACCGAUUGGCUGCAACGCAGUGAGGAGACCUGGAAUCGUGCUCACAUCCAUCUUUAACGAGCCACCUGAAGUCAGGAAAGACAGGCUAACCUGCGUAAGCAGUGCCAACCUGAUUACACUCCAGGACAGUGGGUCUGGCUUUCUACUAGGGACAUUCGAUUGAGACUACCCUACAUAAAACUCAGUCCCAGGUAUGUGGGUCUUUCUAAAAUUCUCAAACAAAUCACAGCAGUUUCAUUUUGUUUAGAAUAACCCACUAACUACCGUAUUUACCCCACGUUUCAUGUGUACCCUCCUGAAUCCGGCGAGUGAUCCGAGAGGAAAGCAAGAGACGAUGGGCUAAGGGUGCUCUCCUCCUCCCCUUCUGGUCGAUGGCCAAGAAGCUUACCAAGUUCGAGAAUUGCUCAACUCCAGGCGCCGGGGCAACAUACUCCAGUAAAUCGUGGAUUGGGAGGGAUAUGGCCCAGAGGAACGUUCAUGGGUCCCUGCAGGACAUAUCCUUGACCCUUCACUUACAGAACAGUUCCACCAAUCUCAUCCAGAGAAGCCCCAUCCUCGACCCCGAGGGAGACCCCGGAGUCGUCAAACCCCUCACAUCAGGAGCCGUUCGCAGGGAAGGGGCUCUGUUAUAAGCGUGACACUCACGCCGCCCUCUCUGUACGACCAGAGGGACCACCUACCUGAGAACUGACAGACAGGAAACAUAUCCCACGCCCUCAGUCUCUCCCGGGAACUAUUGCUUCAUGAUCCCAUGAACAGAAGGGUACACUUCAAUGUGGAGAAGUACGAGAAACUCCUAAAUGAAAAUCUACCUGCUACUAGCAGUGGUUUGACUUUGAAAAGGCCCGACGGCAUUUAUUUGAGAACCAGGAAUGCCUAUGAACAGCUCUGCCAAACCAAAGGAUCUCAGCCAAAGCAUUUUGAGAAUCCCAGUUUGUUCUGUGACUAUUUCACCAACGGCAGCCCUGCUCUAUUUCUGCAGCCAAUCAGACGAGAGAUAAUCAGCCUGCAGCCCUAUGUGGUGCUCUUCCAUGGCUUCGUCACCCAAGCUGAAGCCAAAAACAUCAGAAAAUAUGCAAUGCCAGGGCUCAGAAGAUCAGUGGUGGCAUCAGGCAUGAAUCAGGCCACUGCUGAAUAUCGCAUCAGCAAGAGCGCAUGGCUGAAAGAGUCGGCCCACGAGGUUGUGGGUAAGCUGGAUCAACGCAUCACCUUGGUAACUGGACUGAAUGUGCAGCCUCCUUAUGCCGAAUAUCUCCAGGUUGUAAAUUAUGGGAUUGGAGGACACUAUGAACCUCAUUUCGAUCAUGCCACAUCCGACUCUAGUCCAUUGUACAGACUAAAAACUGGAAAUCGAGUGGCUACAAUCAUGAUAUAUCUGAGCCCUGUGCAAGCUGGAGGAUCCACAGCCUUUAUCUACGCCAACUUCAGUGUUCCUGUUGUGCAGAAUGCUGCUCUCUUCUGGUGGAACCUGCAUAAAAAUGGCCAAGGAAAUGUUGAUACUCUUCAUGCUGGCUGUCCUGUUAUUGUUGGCAAUAAAUGGGGUAUGUUUAAAAACAAAAACUUUCAUAAAGUAACCUGCACGGCAGUUACAAACAUAGUUCACCCAAAGAUUAUCAUUCUGUCAUCAUCUACUCAUUCUCCACUUGUUCAAAUCCUGUUUAAGUUUUUUUCUUAUGUUCAACACAAUAGAACAUAUACUGAAGAAUGGUGGAAACCAUUGUUGUAUAUUUUGUAUUUUGAUUUGUACAAUGGAUGUCAAUGGCUCCUGUUUUUCAACAUUCUUCAGAAAAUCUUGUUUUGUUUGCAUCCAAAGAAAGAAACCCAUAAAAGUUUAGAAUUAUUUUAGUGUGAGUAAAUUUUCUUUUUUGGUGAACUAUAAUGUUAUGGUGUACAUUUGAUCAUUGAUAUAUUGUAUAUGAUUAUGAUAUAUAGUUUGGCAGGAUAAGUUCUGAUUUAGACAUUUAAUUAUUAUCAAUUACAUACCUAUUUUUAUUAGAAUAAUUACACCAGUGGAACAUUGCCCCUGUGAUUUUUAUUUCGAGUUAGUGAGUGGUGUUAAAAUGUGGUGUGUCCAGGGCCAGAUUAUAGUACCAGUCAGCCUCAGUGUUUGAUUUGAUUGGGCAGCCCCUAUGUGCUGUGAGUAGAUUGUUAGCUUUAAGAUAGUUACCAGAUAAUCUUUGCCAAGAUCAAAACCAACCAACCUCCUGGGCAAGAUUUGUAAUUGCCUGAAAGGAAAUCAGGGAUAAUUUGACUUCUACUCCUGUUAUGUGAGCCUGGCUCUGGAAGAGAAACAUGGAAAAUUAAACAAAAUGAAGCCACAGAGUAUUAGGAUAUAAUUGAGCUUUAAUAAUAUAGGAAAAAUAAUAGUUCUGCAUUUUAUUUACCUGUUUGAUUUAAACAAUGAUCAAAGAUGUCCUUCUGUGAGCUUUACCGCAAAUUAAGGCUGAUUUAUACUUGUGCGUAAAUUGAAUGCUUAUGCUCCAGCGCAGCCUUGCGGUGGUUGCAUAGCCCUUGCCGUGGCCAUCGCUGACGCACACCUCUCAUAAAAUGUAACUACACGUCACAAUGAUGCCUAGCACAAGGUUUGUGACUAGUCGGUUCAGGAGCGAUGAUGAGUGUGGGAGGGACUGAGAGCUGCGAACCCGUUGGAGCGAGUGUUUACAAGUGUAAAGGAAGGAAACUCCAAAUGGAAAGUUUUGUUUUUACCUUAUGAUUUAAGUUGUACUUUCAUCGGUUCCCACCUCAAAAUGAGCAAUUUAGAGCUACUUCUACAUUAAGGUAGCGUUCAGUAAAAAACAAAACACCAAUCAAGAAACUCGACACAGAAGAACAUAAAAAACAGCUAGUGUUAAACGUAACAAAUAGCAUACAAACAAACACCGCAACAAACAGCAUACAGAAGUAUAAAUGAACGACUACGCACUAGGCAAGUUCUGUGGGUCACACCAAUCGCUUGACACAGAAGUAUAAACCACUAUAAAUCAUGACAAAAGGCAUUUUUGCAAGUAACAAUAAUAUCAAAGACUACAUAGACUACAGUUUCAACUUUAACUUUAUUUAGUGUCUAAUGUGUCUUUUAGAGCAUAAAAAUCAUCAGCAAUGUUACAAUGCUCAAAGUUUAAUGCAAAGGGAGAUAAUGCCUAUGACAGAUCUCUCUUUGGAAGGCCUACAGCACAUGGCUAAUAGGUACUGCAAUGGGCUUAUGACAUCAAAAACCCUGAAACUGAUAUAAAUCACACCCCCGGUUGUAGAUAUGUCUACACUAAUUGUGAUAAAUUUUAAAAAUGUGUUUUCCCGACCAGAGAUCACGUGACGUUUUGGCUGCAGAUUGCUAGAGCUUCUGACACGCUUCCUCGUUUGAUAAAUGUUCAACAGGUUUAAUUUUUGUAAACUGAACAUUCUAUAGGGGCGAAGCAGUGGCGCAGUAGGUAGUGCUGUCGCCUCACAGCAAGAAGGUUGCUGGGCCGCUGUAUCGAUCCUC